AUCGUCGGCUGGGAGGUCUACAUCAAGUCGAGGACGAAUCAGGUCUGGACGAAGUUCAGCAACCACAAGGUGCAGGUGGCCUGCAGCCUCAAGGGCACGGUGAUCUGGGCGAACCAGCACAUGCUCGAGAAAGUGCGGACCGAGGUCGAGCUGACGAAGCAGGGCGUGGCGGGGCAGCUCCACACCGAGCUGCCCAGCGACGUCGGCGAGGCUUCGGGCGCAGCGUCGGCCGACAGUGUGCCUGCCGCGGUGGUCAUCGAGGACGACAGCAUCGGCCACGACAACGGCCUGGAGGACGGCGGCAUCGGCAACGAGCAGGGCCGCGAGGGCGACGGCAUCGGCCACGUGAAGGGCCUGGAGGGCGACGGCAUCGGCCACGAGAAGGGCCAGGAGGGCGACGGCAUCGGCCACGAGAAGGGCCAGGAGGGCGACGGCAUCGGCCACGAGCAGGGCCUGGAGGGCAGCGGCAUCGGCCACGAGCGGGGCCUGGAGGGCGGCGGCGGCGGCCACGAGCAGGGGCUGGCAGGCGGCGGCGUUGGCCACGAGCAGGUCCAGAAGGGCGGCGGCAUCGGCUACGAGAAGGGCGUGAAGGACGGCGGCGGCGUCGGCGUGACGGGCCAGACGGACACCGCCAUCGAGGCCACGGACGAGGAUGACAAUGGUGACGUCGUGGUGUCGGACCCCGAGGCCGAGGUCUAUGGCACCCAGCCGUACGAUGGCGACGGCCCCCAGAAGCAGGCGAAGCGCCGCCGCGUGAGCGGCACGAGUGGCAACGACACUCAGACGUGA